ACCCUCCUGACGUACAUAUCAGCUACACCAACGCCACAUACACAUCAUUCCGUAGGACAUUGACAUGUACCCCAGAUGGAAACCCGGCCAUAUACCAGUUUGGACAGUGGCAACACACGGCGGAGGAUGGUACAGUGAUACGUCAGUUAACUGGAAAAUCCAGUUCUAAAGAAUCUAUCCUAACCCUACCUGACCCUGGGACUACACAUCGGUAUGAAGACACGGGCUACUACAUAUGUUCAGCCUCAAAUAACAUUCCAGUCCCGGAAUCAUAUACGUCCGAAUCAGUCUUCUUUGUGGUAGAAGCUCCUCCUGGGAUUAUUACCAACACUACAGUGGUAGAGGAAAAGAUAGGGAACAAUGUCACUUUGGAGGUGGAAUUUUACAGCAGACCAGGAGUAAGUCCAGAUACUGUCACCUGGACCACGGGAGGAUCUGAUGGAUCACUUCCCGCUGGCAGAUCAUUCACGUCUGUAGAUCAGAGGACUCUCAUACUGUCAUUUCAUGGUGUCGAUGUACAGGUCAAAGGUUAUGUUGCUACACUGAUAAUCAGGAAUAUCAUGGAUGUAGACUACGGUAACUACACGGUGAUGAUUGAAAAUAGUUUUGGAACGAGAAACCACACCUUAGCUCUGAUCAAAACAGACCGACCGUCACCUCCUCUCUACCUUUUACAAAAAGAUGUAACCGGAAGUAGUAUCACAGUGCAGUGGAUUCCGGGUUCAAAUGGAGGAGUGACUCAGUCGUUUGUAAUUGACUACAAAUCUGACGUCAGCAAAAAUUACACUGAAUUGAACGCAAUUCCAGAUAAGCUGGAAUCCGUCAUGUCAUAUAAGAUAGAUGGACUGAAAGAGAACACGGUUUACAGUAUCCGAAUUCAUGCUCAAAACGACAUUGGCCAGAGUGAUCAGAUAUUCAUCACCGUUUCAACCAGUAGCACAGCAAAAUGUCAUGAAGAACUACAUUCCACUAGAACUGCGCUGAUUUCGGUGUCUGUCUUCUGUAGUGUUGUAUUUGUAGCGGCGGUCGUUUUUAGCAUUGUAAUAAAUAGACGAUCAUCGGCAGGAUGUCAUCAGAGGAGAGACAACCUUCAACACCACAGUGGACAAGAAAUGAAACAGGUCGCCGUGCCCGAGGAAGCGAUGGUGAAAGAUCGUGAUCAAGACAGUCAGUCCCAUUACCAGGAUCUGAAUCCGUGCGAAAUUCAGCCAGCUUCUACAUACGAGCGCCUUUCCGGAGAUGACAUUGAUGUCAGUAUUGAACAGGAAAGAAACAACUACGAAUCGCUGAAAGAAAAUCCAUUUAAACAAGAAUAUGAAGAACUUACAGCUGUCGGGUCAAAAUAUGCGAACACCUGACGGAACGUACGCCAUCACAACGUAUGUAGGUAAAGAGAUAAAAAAAAAUAGUCAUCACCAACUACCGGGACGGUGUGUGGUAAUGAUUAGAAAAUACACAGUAUUAUACCAUAUGAAGACUAGUACAAAGUGGAGGUCAUGGGAAUCUGACUUUAUCAGUUAGUUCUGUCGUACCGCUACUUCCUACUUCAACAACAACUGGAUGUAUUUAUCAAGGAAUUUCUUUUGUAUCUCUCUAGUGGUAUGCGCCCUGGAGCGUUUUUCAUCGGGUGAGUCAAUCAGAAAUUGACGGUGAUGUCAUACUGUGGAUAAGGAAAUUUUCUUCCUUGUUACAACAGUGAAAUUGUUAGAAAUCUCAAAAGCUAGAUGUUAACAUUAUCCAUGUUUUCAAGCCUGUAAUAAUACAUAUGACAUUGAGCGAACUUUGGUUUAAAGUCGUUCUGUCCAAAAUGGC